AUAUAUAUUAUUCAUAUGUAGUUUUGCAUUUUUUAUUUUCUUGGUGGUUCCAGUGAGCAAAAUAUGAUAAUGAUGGUAGUGUGAAUCAGAGGAAGCCACACAAAAGAUCUUUAAAAAACCAGGAAAAUAAAAGACCCAUUAUGGGAUUUUGUAGGGAUAAUACUCAAGAAAGGAUUUUAAUAAUAUAGAACCCAGAGGCACUAACAUUAGGAUGAUGUUAGCUUUGGUAUUCUCAGAUCUCUAGGAAAGUCUCAGACUUUCAGGGCAUUUUGGGGGGUUUGUUUGCUUGUUUCUCGGGAAAAUUCUAUCAUCCUUUAUUUUCUCUUUUCUUGUUUGUUACCUCUCGUUCAGCACUCAUUCUCUACAUGCUCCUUCCAAAAAAAUUUCUCUUCCUGAGCUGGGUAUCUUUCCAGCCAGCGAUCUGGGUAUUCUCAUUUUAAGCCCUUUGAAGCUCAGAGAGAGAGAGAGAGAGAGAGAGAGAGAGAGAGAGGGUUCCUUUGAUGGGAAGAGAUGCUGCAGUUAGUAUGUGUGUCUGAAAAGGACAUGAGAGAGAUAAGGGGGACAAGCAAAGCUUCGCACAAGAGAGAAAGAUGAAGUGGUGGGUGUCCUGAAUUUUGCAGGGAAAGUUGAUUCUUUUUGCUUUAAGAGAGAAUAAGGCCAUGGAAGGUGUGAGAUUUGUGCUCUGGAGAUUAGGGUUUCUGGUUUUGGUAUUGUUGUUGGAUGUGUCUGCAGCUACACUUUCUCCUAGUGGUAUAAACUAUGAAGUGGUGGCUUUGAUGGCGAUAAAGAGCGAGCUGAAUGAUCCAUACAACGUUUUGGAGAAUUGGGAUGUGAAUUCGGUCGACCCUUGUAGUUGGAGAAUGGUCACUUGUUCUUAUGGCUAUGUUUCUUCACUAGGACUUCCCAGUCAGAGCUUGUCUGGGACAUUGUCUCCGAGGAUCGGUAACCUCACCAAUCUGCAAUCUGUGUUGCUGCAAAACAAUGCCAUUUCUGGUCCUAUACCUGAUACGAUCGGGAGGUUGGAAAAGCUUCAGACCCUCGACCUUUCGAACAAUUUAUUCACCGGAGAAAUACCAUCAUCAUUGGGAGAGCUCAAGAACUUGAAUUACCUGAAGUUAAACAACAACAGCCUUUCCGGGACUUGCCCAGAUUCGCUAUCAGAUAUUGAAGGGCUCAGUCUUGUGGACAUUUCGUACAACAAUCUUAGCGGUGCCUUGCCCAAAGUAUCGGCAAGAACUUUCAAAAUUGUUGGAAACCCUUUAAUUUGUGGCCCGAAAGCUGAUGCAAACUGUUCUGCUGUCUUCCCCGAGCCACUCACUCUUCCACCCGACGGUCUAACAGGUGAAUCGGGAAAUCGUUCUGGUGGCCAUCAUGUAGCCGUUGCAUUUGCCGCUAGCUUCGCCGCUGCAUUUUUCAUCAUAUUUAGCGUUGGAAUUUUUCUGUGGUGGAGAUAUCGGCACAAUAAGCAGAUUUUCUUCGACGUUAAUGAGCAAUAUGAUCCUGAGGUAAGCUUGGGUCACUUGAAGAGAUAUACAUUCAAAGAGCUUAGAGCGGCAACCGACCAUUUUAAUGCGAAGAACAUCCUCGGGAGAGGUGGAUAUGGAGUUGUGUACAAAGGGCACUUGAACGAUGCAACGUUGGUGGCGGUGAAACGACUCAAAGACUGUAACAUAGCUGGUGGAGAGAUCCAGUUUCAGACAGAAGUGGAGACCAUAAGUUUGGCUGUUCACCGAAAUCUUCUCAGGCUUCGCGGGUUUUGUAGCACUGAGAACGAACGGAUUCUCGUCUACCCUUACAUGCCUAAUGGAAGUGUUGCCUCCCGCUUGAAAGAUCAUAUUCGGGGUGAGCCAGCGUUAGAUUGGCCGAGGAGGAAAAAAAUUGCAUUGGGGACAGCGAGGGGACUGGUUUAUCUUCACGAGCAGUGUGACCCGAAGAUCAUACACCGAGACGUAAAAGCGGCAAACAUUUUACUGGAUGAAGAUUUCGAGGCAAUAGUAGGAGAUUUCGGUUUAGCAAAGCUUCUUGACCACAGGGACUCCCAUGUUACAACCGUGGUCCGUGGCACCGUCGGCCACAUUGCCCCGGAGUAUUUGUCCACGGGUCAGUCCUCCGAAAAGACCGAUGUUUUCGGGUUCGGGAUAUUGCUCCUCGAGCUCAUCACCGGCCAAAAGGCUCUCGAUUUCGGCCGCUCCUCCCACCAGAAAGGCGUAAUGCUUGACUGGGUGAAGAAGCUGCAUCAAGAAGGGAAGCUGAACCAGAUAGUGGACAAAGAUCUGAAGGGAAAGUUCGACAGGGUGGAGCUGGAAGAGAUAGUUCAAGUUGCACUCCUCUGCACUCAGUUCAAUCCCUUACACCGUCCGAAGAUGUCGGAAGUCCUGAAGAUGUUGGAAGGCGACGGCUUGGCCGAGAGGUGGGAAGCUUCGCAGUCGCAGUCGCAGAAUCGAAACGCUGAGCAAAUGUUGAUGCGUCUGCGGUCGCGGUCGUGGUGUGAGCCGUCGUCAUCGCCACCGGUGAUGUACUCCGAGUAUAUUCAAGACUCGUCUCUUGUGGUUGAGGCCAUCGAGCUCUCAGGCCCUCGGUGAUUGAUAUAUAUAUAUAUAUUGUUGAAAUGUUUAUAUAGAGAUGUGGAGUUAAUGUAAUUCCAUCUGUAUAAAAGAAAUGGAAAACUGAAAAGGUUUGACAAUUGGUUUGUUAAAGGAGAAGCGCGACAUCGGUA